ACAUUGUCAAAACGCGAAUUGUUAUGAAAAUAUAUAACAAUUUCAUAUUUUACUCUUUUCAACUAAAUUUUUCUAGUGCUACUCCGUUUUCUAAACUUUUUACAACUUAAACUGUAAUUUGUUUGUAAAACAUAAUGGUAUAGUGUAUUGCUUACAAAAUACGAUAGUGAUGACUACUUACAAUUCAUUUUUAUUUUUAUUCAAUUUCGAGUGAUUUUAUCUAAUUCGAGAUGGAAGAAGUGAGGCAGCUGGUGCAGGAAGAAGGCAGGGAGGCGAGAAACCUGGUUGCAUUUCACGUAGCAGUCGAUACACCAAGCCGUGUGUCUCGUAAGCCGCCGCGCGCAGUACCACCGCCGCGCAGGGCUCCGCCUCGCGCCGUCCGCUUGCGCUCGGCCUCUGCUGGCCGAGACAAGCGCUCCGAGCUCAGGGCGAGAUACUGGGCGCUGCUGUUUGGUGAUCUUCAGAGAGCUGUCGGUGAAAUCUACAACACCGUAGAAGCUCACGAGAACUUAAACGAGUGCCAAGAAGUAAUAUUAGUAUUAGAAAACUACACUCGAGAUUUCAAAGCUUUGGGAGAGUGGUUCCGACUGAAGUGGGAAUAUGACAACACACCGCCCCCUCAACGACCGCAGAGCUUAGCUUGGGAGAUAAGAAAGACAGACUUCGUCAGACCGGAGUCCCGACGUACACAUUCCGUUAAAAGUUCCCCGUCAGUGUCCGGGAAAAACAGUCCCUGUCUCUCCGGACAUAAUACACCGAGCGGCAAAAAUAGCCCGAAUUUAACUGGAAAAGCCAGCCCAGGCAGUGGCAAAAUCAGCCCAAGGAUUUCGACAUGCCAUUCCAGUACUAGUCCUAAAGCGAAUAUAGAAUUCUUCACCAACAAAGUCGUAUCAAAGAUAACAGCCAAACCAGAACCCAAGUCAGCCAAAGAAUCGACACGACUCUCCGAUAUUAAGGAAAGAGAUGUCAAAGAAACGGAUGAGAAAAUGGAAAACGCUAAAGAGAAAAAAUUAAAGAACGACGUACGACAGAUUGAAGAUACUAAAAUGGAGAACGAUAUCCAUAAAGAUGUUAAGACAACUGUCACAGUUGAAAUUGGCAAAGCCAAAGAACUACCAACAUUAACUCCAAAACAAGUGGUUAUAAAAUCUUCGAAAACGAAAUCUAAUUUGGAUAAAAAUAAAAAGUUCGAUGUUGAACUAUCCAAUCAAGCUAAAGCAACCAUUUCUCAAUUGGAAGCAAUCGAGAAUGAGUUCUUGACAAAGCAGUUAAUGCAGGUCAAAGUGAAAAAUGAUAAUUUCUUAAACGAAGAAAUGGAAACUCAAAUAAGAGAAAAAGCUCAGGAAAGUUCUAUCCAUGAAGUGACUUCCGGUGAUAACAAAGUAAGUAUACAGUCGGAAAAUAUAGAAACAUCACGUAUAGAUUCUAAUGAAUCUCCAACAAAAUCUGAAGAAAACUUUGCUGAUAUAUCUAAUGAAAGUUCACCAAAAGCUUGUAUUGGAAAAGGAGAAAAAUCACCUACUCAGAUAAUCGAAAACGGUGACACUGAUACUGUUAACAUUUCUGAGAGAAACGGAGAAGAUAUUGAAGAUCACAAUAUUAAAGAUGCAAGUUCUCAUGUAGACGAAACAAAUAUACCAUGUGGGACUCACAACGGAGUUAAUCACGAGAUCAGUCAGUCACAGAUAAUUAUCUCUGUAACAUCUGAGAUAGAUAGUACAGAAAAAGAAGAGCUUAGCUUAAAAGAAAAAUCCGCAACAAUAAUUUCCGAGGCAAAUUCUAUAAAAGACAAUCAAGACAUUGUAAUAACUGCAAAUAAAAAGAUUAAAACUAUAGAGAAAAAUAAAAAAGCGGUUAUCGAAAAUGGCGAAAUUCAUGUUGAAAGUUCAGAUCACAAAAACAAGUUAAAUAACGAGCAGUCAGUAGUCUCUAAUAAUAUCACUUUAGACUACAACACUAAUUAUAAAACUAAAACUCUCAAUGAACCUAAAGGACCGGACAAACAAGCCGAACACAUAAAGAAAACUAUAGAAACUAAAGAAGAAUUGAAAAAGGAACACGAUUCAAAGAAAUCCGAGAGUAAACCUAUCGUAGAAACAAAAACGAACAUAAAGCCGGCUUAUUCUCAAGCCGCAGCAAAACCAAAAUCAGCAAAUGUAACCAAAACUGAAAUAAAAACACCUACAAGGAUUGCAUUGGUCAGAAGUUCAACUGUAGUGGAAAUGCGACCUAACACAGCGCCAAAAACUCAACGACCAUUCCAGAAAAGGAAUCAAAUAAACAAAUGCAGCUAUCCUUUCAACUUGACAACUAGUCGUACUAGUCUAUUUCAAACCCCAGCAGCGACUACCACUGUCAAUAAAGCACCCUUACCUAAACGUCCCAUAAAUAGGACCAAUCAUUUGGCUUCUGGUGACACGAAAGCUAACCCCAUUAGAGGAAACUUAAAUAAGCUACCACCGAGACCUACAACAUUAAAAAUUAACGGAAAAGGGAAUAAAAAAGAAAACGUAAACCCUUCAUUAAACGAGAUAAAAGCUAGCGAUGAAUACAGCAGUUGUGAUACUAUCGUUACUCAAAUAGAUAUGUCUAGAAUUGAAUCCAGCGAAAGUUUAAAGACUUUAGUACCGGAUAACACACAAUUGCAUAAUAUCGCUAAUUCUAUAGAAGUUCUUAACGUUGAUGAUAAAAAUGAUAACGAGGGAUGGUUGACUGUCAAAUCUAAACGAUUGAAUCGCGAAUCAAAGAAGCAACUAAAAUCACAUUGGGCAAACCGAUUUAACCAACCAUCAGCCACAACAAGCUUGCCUACAUUAAACAUGCUAGAAUCACCUAAAGAAGAAACUAACCCUAUAGAAGAAUCAGCUAAAACGACUAAAAUAGAUCGUGCUAAAUCUGAACAACCAGAUACUAAAGUGGAACGGAAAGCAGAGAAAGUCGUUAAAGUACUCACCACACCAAAACCAGAAAACAAAGCCAAAGAUCCAGCGAUGAUUCGUCAGAAAUCUGAUGUAACCGGUCUUAAGACAAAACCCUCUAGGACGAGAUUAAAUAAAAGAGCCGGGAAAAAUAGAGACGCGACUAACGACGAAGAACAAUCAGAAUUGACUAAAAACAGACUUCAUUCGUCUUUAGAAAGUCUUACAACUGGUCUGGCUAGAUCACAAGAAAGUACAGAAGAGACAUUCGACUUCGAUAAAUGGAAAGCAGAAUUUAAAUCGACAUUCAAAUAUCUAGAUGACGAUGAUCAAACUUCGAACGAUACUGAGAUAUUAAAGUCGGCGGAUCCAUCGGAAAUGUCGGAGAUCGCAGAAAUGACGUCACAGAUAGAAGAGAACGAGAAGAAAAUGGAUUGGGCUUUGGAUCUUCAGUCGGAGGCGGAUCAGAAGAAGCUCUGCGAAGAAGAGGAUCUUCUAAACAGACAGAUAAUGGAGUUACAACAAGUUUCAGACAUAGAUCUGGAUACCGAAACAGAUGAUACUGAGACUGACGCGGAGAUACUGUGUGAAGACGUAGUUAACACGAUAGCGCCGUCUGAAAGUCUAGGAUCCCUAGCUGCUAGUCUAGAAGACCAGUAUGAGACCGCCCUAGCCGGUAUGAGUUGGGCGGAAAGAGUGGACACGUUAGGUGUGCUAGAAGCGCUCGUCGCAAGAGAUCCAGGACGCGCACAACAGUUGCACGCAAAACUUUCCCAAGGUAUCAAACGACGAGGAAGCCUCCAAGACGCUCUGCGAAGUAUACAAGCUAAACAAGCAAGAGCUGAACAAAAGAGAAGAGAGUUGCAGAUGGAAAGAUCUAAGAAGUUGCAGCAGUUGUUAGCAAGAGUCGAAGAAGUAAAGGUGGCCAAGGAUCAACUGAUAGAUGACAAGAAAUUGCGGAUCAACCGACGCCUGGCAAAAGCAGCAGAAAAUCGAGACCAACAUUUAAAGGGUAUAGUUCGGAAAGCCCACGAUGAAGAGGAGAAGCUGCGCGAGAUCGCGUUCAUAAAGCAGCUGGAGGCGGAGAACAGGCGGCUGGAGUUCCUGGCACAGUGCCGCGCGCACACCACACGACUGCGCACCAUGCGCAGGGAACGUCUGGAGAAACUG